AUGGACUUCAGCAUUGAUUCCCUUGACCCUGCAUUCGUCGAUGAGGCUGCUAUGCAGCUUGGCUUGCACGAACUUCUGAACUUCUCUCAGGCUGGAGGAUACACGCAGGAGAACUACCCUUUUCCAGGCCACCAGCCCUUGGAGUACUUAGGACCUGCAUUCGACUGCAACAACAUGGAGUUAGAGACAGGUGGAAUUCUUAUAGAACAAGCCGCCAAUCCCCAGGCCGAUAGCCGGGCUAUCCAACCUCCACCAACUCAAAGCCCGAAGUCUGCGCUUUUCGAGGAAGAAGUCACGCACGCUGAAGCUGUCCUCGUGGAGAUCUCCAACCACCAGACGCCGUCGUGCCCGAAGACACCUACCCAGCGUGGCCGUGGUCGUGGUCGCGGACGUGGCCGAGGCCGAGGCCGUGGCCGGUCUGUAACUGUACACGGCGGUGCCCCAGACACGAACCGAGACGUCAUGAACACGAGCCAAUCCGCCGCGAACACAUACUACGACAGAAAGGAUGCAUACCGCGUCACGACGGACACAAAUCACGGCACGACGGGCGAGACCCAUGGCGCAAAGGGUGCGAAGGGCGUCACGGCAGGUGCAAAGGGCACUGCGGGGGGUGCGGAGGGCAUCACGGCGGGUGCGGAGGGCAUCACGGCGGGUGCGGAGGGCAUCACGGCGGGUGCGGAGGGCAUCGCGGCAGGUACGGAGGGUGUUGCGGCGGAUGCGAAGGGGAUCGCGGCGGAUGCGAUGGGGAUCGCGGCGGAUGCGAAGGGUGUUGCGGCGGGUGCGAAGGGUCCCGCGAUGGGCACCAAAGGAGACACAAAGCCGAAGAAGACGCCAGCGAAAGGUGCCGGGUCUCGCUCACGCAAGAAUGCGCGAGCUGGCGGAGAGUCGGAUGAGGACAUCAAGGAGCUCACUCCGGGUAUGAGGGAGCGUGUUAUGGCCAGCAUGGAAGGGAAGUGGAGCGAAGAGGAGACGAAGAUCCUCGUCGACUAUAUCUGUCGCGAGGAGAUCUGGCAGGAAUUCAAGAUUGAGCGGGGCAGACACUUCAUGAAGAUCUCGCAGGAUUUCUUGAGCAGUCGCAAAACUGCGGAGCAGGUCCAGCGCAAAUGGGACCAGCUUUUCGGCCAGUACAAGGCUGCCCGCAGGUUGGAGGAGGAGACUGGCGGAGGCGACGGUGACGAGUCGGAUGUCGAAGGCUUGGAUGACACGGAGACCGACACCAAACCCGGUCAACCUCUGCGCAGCAAAAGUUCGCAGAGCAAGUGGUCGCGUGCAACACUCGAGGACUUUCGCGAGACUGAUAUCUAUCGCGCCAUUGAUUCUGUGGCUCACGACAGUCCUGAGGUCAUUCGUGCACACCCGCUGAAUGAAGCCACAUCUGUCUCCGAUGACGAAGAGUCCGACGAGCGCUGCCGCAAGAGAUUACGCCGCGAUGCAUCGGAUGAUGACAUGCUCAGAUCGCUUGUUGCGAGCAUCCAAGACCGCGCGAAGGAGAAGACCAAGUACGAGGAGAGAGAUCUCCGUCUUCGCGAGGAGCAAGCUAAACGCGAAGCUGAGCUUCAUCGUGAGCGCCGACGUGAGCUCCGGCUGCAGAACUGGACAAAGGUUGCUGAAUUCCUUUCUUCUCCUGAUCCAACUCUGAAGGAGAUUGGCAAAGUUAUGGCCGAAACACUCAAGAAGGAGGCUGAUGCCGAUGGUGGGCUCUAG